CGAGCCGGCUCUGCGUUGCUGGAUUUGCUAUUGCUGCUGCUGCUAUUGAGCAAGAGCAGAAAUUGUAUUCUUUUAAUUUAUUUAUUUGCCUGCGCGCACAAAGCGAGAGAGAGAGAGCGAGAGCCCAGAGCGAGAGAGGGAAGGGACAGCGCAGAGGAGUUGAUGUCUCUCUCCUGUUCAGCUCCGAAUGGAAAGGCGUACGCGACCCUCAGCACCGUUACAAGGCAACAGCGCAGUUGUGCAGCGUGCAGACUAAGAUGCAUCACUCUUAACCAUAUUAAUAAUACAAAAUACGAUUACUAAAUACAGUAUACAAACACACCAAACCUCCUAUCCGCCUGCACCCGAACGCGAGACCCGUUCUAUAAAUAGCGACCGAGUGGUAAGAAUAGGGCGCGGGAGAAAAGAGUUAAUACGCGCUGCAAAGCUUUCUAUCUUUGGCGAAUUUAACGGCGUGUGCACUUUCCUUAAUGAUCGAUGUUUAGAUAAUAAUACUAGUAAUCGAUAUAUAUAAAUAAAACGUAGCACCGGUUACACACCAAAAAGCAGCGCUCGCUCAAAGUCGUGCGUUCGACGCGUGCACAACACGGGGAGGAGACAGCGAGAGGCGCCGCUAACUCGCUCAACUCAACUCCCCACGCUCGCACGGAACGUCGCUCCGCACGUGCUCGCAUGGUCAACAUAUUCGCUCGCUCCGGCGCCGGGGGCGACCUCUCCUUCGCCGUAUGCACGGCCCGAGGAGCGAGCAUGCCCCGAGUUCGUCUUCAUUGAUGGCCCUGCGCAGUGGGACCAACUACUGCCUGGGCCGUCUCUUGCGCAUCACGGGCAGCCGCCGAGCCAGGCUGAGGCGCUCCAGCAGCCUGUUGUGCCUGUCCGCGUCCGCCGAGUACUCUCACCGGGGCUCCCCGGCAGGACACGGCACGGACCAUGUUGCCCCGAGCGGGCCAGACAGACACCACAAUCACCAUCACCACCACCAUCAUCAUCACCAGCAGCAGCAGCAGCACCACAACCAACACCGGCAUCAACAACGCCUCCAGCAGCAGCAGCAGCAACAUCAGCAGCAGCAGCACCGCCAUCAGAAGCAAGAUCAUCACCACCACCAGUACCUGCAGCAGCGGCCACAGCACCAGCAGCAGGAAUCUGAACAUCAACGUCAACAGGAACACGACCACUACGACCAUCACCACAAUCAACUUCCGUAUCACCACCUCCAGCAGCAGCAGCAGCAGCAACAACAACAACGGCAACACAUCGAACAGCACUACCACCAUCAUCAGCAGCUGCAGCAGCAGCAUCACGAAUACGACAUCCCUCGCCAGAGUUACUACCACACCGUCAAUCACCAUCAUCCUAACCAUCAUCUCCAUCAGCAGCAUCAUCCACAGCAGCAGCAACAACAGUACCAGCAACAGCAGCAGCAACAGCAAAGCCAAUUCCUUAAUUCCGAGUUAUACAAUCACCCCUACUUUCAGCAACACAAUCAACAUCAUCACCAUCCUCCUCAUCCUCUUCAUCCACAGCACUAUCAAUCACAGCAACAGCAGCAGCACCACCAGCACUUGCAGGAACUGCAACUGCGAGCCCUACAGCACCAACAGCAGCAGCAGCAGCAUCAGCAUCAUCAGGCGUGUGCGGGCGGUACGAGGAGGAGACGGUGGGGGGUUUGGACAGCCCUGCUACGCUGGGGAACCAAGUGCCUGGAGAAUUGGAGAGUUCGCUUGGCUGGGGCAAUGAAACGACAGAACGCGCGCACUCUCACGCUCAUCGCUGUCACCUUCGUCUAUCUGCUGGUGGGCGCCACAAUUUUCGACGCUCUCGAGUCGAAGAACGAGGAGGUGGAGAGGGAGAGGCUGCAGAAGCGAGAGAAUCUCCUGCGGGGGAAAUACAACGUGAGCAGUGACGACUGGAGGGAACUCGAGCGAGUGGUCAUGCUGUCGGAGCCGCACCGAGCCGGCGUGCAGUGGAAGUUUGCCGGCUCCUUCUACUUCUCCAUCACCGUCAUCACCACCAUCGGCUACGGACACUCUGCCCCCGGCACCACGGGGGGCAAGGUCUUCUGCAUGUUCUACGCGCUGCUGGGCAUCCCGCUCACGCUCGUCAUGUUCCAGACCCUCGGCGAGCGGAUGAACACCUUCGUGAAGCACCUCCUGGAGCGCCUCAAGUGCUGCCUGGGUCUCCGCGAGACCGAGGUGUCCACGCAGAACAUGGUGACCGUGGGGUUGCUGUCGUGCGCGGGCACGCUGUGCAUCGGCGCGGCCGCCUUCUCGCACUUCGAGGGCUGGACUUUCUUCCAGGCGUACUACUACUGCUUCAUCACACUCACCACCAUCGGCCUGGGCGAUUUCGUGGCACUGCAGAAGAACGACUCGCUGCAGCGGGAGCCUCCCUACGUGGCCUUCAGCUUCAUGUACAUCCUCGUGGGGCUCACGGUCAUCGGCGCGUUCCUCAACCUCGUGGUGCUGCGCUACCUCACCCUCAACACCGAGGACGAGAAACGCGACUCCAAUGAGCGGGAGUCCCUGCGCCUGGCGGCGGACAUCAACCACCACCAGCAGCAGCAUCAGCAGCAUCAGCAGCAUCAGCAGUACGUCAUCGACGGAGACGAGACUCGCCUCAACGGGAAGGCGGUGAUCAUGCCCGCGGCCACCACCACCACCACCACCAGCAGCGGCACGAGCAGCGGCGUGGGUCGGUACCACGGCACCGCGGCGCGAAACGAGGCCGGGCUGCGCUCCGCGUGCCCCCAGCGGGGACACGCGGAGCGGCUCUCCCCGCCGUCUCGGCCGUCGGCGACGCAGCGCCUCAACAGCAGCGCAGCGGCGCUGGUGCACACGGGGGCGUCCGCGUCGCACCUCGACGCCGGCUUCGGACGGAGCUCGCGGGGGACCCCGCCAGGCGAGGAGCCCGCAACGCCGCCGAUGGCCUCGUCGGUGCUCAGCUCGUGCUCGGGUCUCUGCGGCUCGUGGAGGGAGUGCAGCGGCAGCAAGUGGAGGCUGUUGGGCAUAAGGCGACGCUCGCUUUGAUGGCGGUGGCGCGCGCUGUGUGCGUGCGUGUGUGUGUGUGGCACACGUGUUUUCGUGUGUGUGUGGGAGGCACACGCGUGUUUCAACGGAGAGUUUCCCGCGGCGACCGUGAAUGCUGAACGCAAUAGCGUCCCUGCAUGGCAGUGUUGCCUGAACUUACGAAUCUGUGACUUCAGACGACUUGCGUGAUGAAAUUGCAGCGGUUGAAUUUUCCCCGCCGCGCCACCCGCACCUCCCUCCCCCCCCCACGCCAUCCCUCAUCUCCGCCUCCACUUUGAGCUCUCAAACGCAACGGCAUUACAAGUUUGAAACUGUAAAAAGAAACCAGUGACUGUGUAGAAUAUCUUUAGAAGCACACGCGGGUAAGAUAAUAUUAAGAAUGAAGGUGGCGACAGGUUCUUUAAAUCUACAAAUGUAUUUAUUAUUUUGUUUAAACCACUUGAGAAAACAAGAGACAAUGAGAGUCGCGUUUGCAAGGGUGACCUUGGGGAUUCCUCUACAAAAUAAGGGGCGACGAUUGUUGCGCUAAAUUCCAAUUGAGUAAUUUGCGGGGUAAUUUUUGUUUUUUCAUUUUUCCAAAUUUUGACUCAGACGCCAGCACGUAUGAAUGUCCUUCUCUCGCGACUUAAGUCAGGAAAAUGUUUAAGGUCCAACUGCGUAGUAUUAUGAUAGUUAUUACACCCGCAGUAUCAACUAGGGUGGCCACUGGAUUCGAACCGCGAACCUCUGCAACAAGUAUGCCACGUCAGUGCGCCAAUAAUGCAUUGAAGUCAACGUAAAUGUAAAGCGGUUUUUUUCGCCGAUUGACAAAUAUUGCAGCCCGCAGCAUGGAUGCACCCUUAUGAGGACUCAUCAGUGGGCCAGCCAUAGCCAAGUAAAGAAUCAAUGAUCGCCCAAAGUGUGUGUUUUAAUAUACACGUGAGAUAACCACAUGAGCCAUAGGGCACCCAUUACCAUUGCCGCAAAGUUGGAAAACCAUCCGUCACGCUGCCUGAGCGAUGCAUAAUAUCGAAACUAGAAAGGCUGCACAAUAAUUUAACCAUCUUAUCUUUUAUAUGGACUUCUUCUGACGGCGUUAAAACGCAGUGGCGGACCUUAAGCUCAGAAUGAAUGCGCAUGCACAGAUCUUGCACUGCGCAUUGCUGCCGUCCCGUGGUUCGCGUAUGGAUUGCACGCUGCAUGUUGUUUGAACCAAGAGCAAGAGCAUGGCUUAGUCCGCUCACUUGGGGCUCAGACUGUAUGGGUCGUGCCUGGGUGGCGUUUUGCGAUUGAAGCCCUUGAGCCAUGGGCCUGGAAAUGGCUUCUAGGUACCACCCAGGGAUGGCAAAUGCUAAGGUGUAAAUUUUGUUGUUGUAAACAUAUGAUCACACAAGUCCAACGUUGUAGCUUUUUUUUUAAGAAGAAAAAUGUAAUUAUUUGGGCACCGUAGUGUGUUUGAUAGAGACUAUAAUUUUAUAAGAGAGAAAAAAAACGGUCGUCAUAUGAAACAUCGAUGGAAUAUGACAAUGAAUAGCAAGUGUGUAUAUUUAUCAGACGGUCAAAAAAAAACCCGCUUCGCUUUCUGCCCAUUGAUGGACACUUGACAGCAUUUGCUACCCCAGCUGGUACCGAACGUCCCUUGGCGAACGGGCUCAUAGAGUGGGCAACCACGCACGAAGGUGGCAACCACAACGACCUCGGUCAAGGGCCCGAUGAUGCAAUUAACCCACGUGGCCCACCAGAGCUCGAUUGUGACAUUUAAGUUGUGCUGCACCUAGGGCGACGUUUCGCGCGCGUUAUUUGAAAGGCGCGUUUCACGUUGAGCGAGGGCAAUUGAUGGUUCUACGAUUGUUUGUAUUGUUUUAGUUGCUGUCCUGCGUCCUGAAAGUGCAUCGCCAUGUAUCCCACGCACGUGUGGUUUUUAUUUUAAAUUUUAGUUACUGGACCAUGUUCUCUGAAUUGUGAGAUACACCCCCCCCCUCCCCUAAUUUAAAGCAAACGUGAUGGGGCGAGUGUUAUCAUUCGGUUAUUGUCGUUGUGCAAUGCGUGUUUGCGUGUGAGACCACAUUUAUUUAACUGCAUUGAAACCGGGCAUACUGUAUGUCUGCAUUGCGUAUUACUUUUCCAGAGCUCUUAUAAUCCGGAGAAUGCGGUAAUCAUCACGUAUACAGCUUCGGCUCAGGGUCUUGUUAUUCACGUUGAAUGACUCAUCUCCAACUUGGCUUCAUUUUAUCAGAGAGAUUAUGAUACGGGCGGUAAAAGGCGAAUGUUUAACAAACAGCCCAAACAACAACAACAACAGCGCUCGUUAUAAUAAACCCCUGACAGCAUAAACGUUUCGGAGAGCAGGUGGAAGGAUGGCGGGGUUGGUGGGAGCGGGGAUGAGAUGGGGGAGGAAAAGCUGAGCAAGGGAAGGAGACAGAGAGAGAGAGUAAUCGGGAAUGGGCCUCUGAAGGCGCAGGGGUUAAGCGAGGGAGGUUGUUAGGAGAUAAUUGGACGUAGAGGAAGGGCGCAGGCGGAGGGAGUUCCAGAGGUUGGGGACACAAUAGCUAUAUAGUACGUUGGUAUUUUUUGAAAAAAUCAUAUAUGUAUUAUGUAUGUUGAACUUCGUUCGCACCGUACGUAGCCAACCGUGCUAAUCGGAGGUGCGGGGGGAAGGACAACAAACUAGAAACUAAAACUAAACACAAAAAGCAGUUAUCAAGAAGUGUAUAGCUCCAGUGGCUUGCUAAUAUCGGAUGUAGUGAGUUGUUAUGUAUAGACUGGGGACAGAUGCAGUGAGUUAAGAGAUGCAGACAGAGCUUCAGGACACAGCGUAAUUGACAUCUACGUGAAAUUAAUUGCUAUGUUUAUUAGCACCUGAAUUUGAGCUGAUAUUUGAUGCUUCAAAUAUUUGUACAUUGCGCAAACCUUGGGCUGCUUGGGGGCCCUAAGCUUUUGCUUGGUUCGCUAAUGCCUGGCGCCACCUCUCAUGACCGGUGUGUGUGUGUUUGUACCGCGUGUGUUGUGUUUAGUUUGUUUUUUCCAUUACGCUAUAUCCACCGUAAAAUGCGUGGUUACGUUUGAUUUUAUUUUUGAACAAGCAGCUUUGGUCGCGAAACAUAAUUCAUGUGCAAACCGCUGCGUGUUUUGUAUCCAAUAGAGCUUAACAAACACACACACACACUUUGCUUGUAUAGCAAAUACAAAGCUCCCACAUGUUUAGCCUUUAACAAACUGUCGGGGCAAGCACGUGCCGUCAGCCAGUAGCCAUCUAUUGAGACCGAUACGGCACAAGAAGGGGUGGGUGAGUGGUUGGCUCGUCCACCCUCGAGUAGCCCUUGUCUCACCACUGCUGAUGCUAUCCACACCAGGUACUCAUCUAAGGCUGAGUUGACCCAGGAGAGGCCCAUGAUCGGUUCGGAUAUUCGUCAUCGAUUUUUUUUGCCUGUGAGCGUGAAUCGAACUCCGGUGUCGCAGGGUUCAUUGCGCGGUGUGCUAAUCACUGCAACUACCUCCUACAGUUGCAUCGAGACAAACAUUACGCAGCGGCCUAAUGCGAGGGCGUGAGACAUCACAACGGAAAACUUCCCUCGCUGUGCGACUCUGUUCAGUCUGUAAAUGGAAGUGCGAAUUUGCAUUGUGCGGACACUUUGAUCCAAGUAAGCAGUUGCGUUGAUUCCAAGUUCUACAUUCAUCAACGUUUAUCAAACAUUAAACACUCGAGGCUCUCGUCCGUUUUUGACAGGACGUGCUUAAGCGGUCACUUGAAAUUUCAUGGACAGACAUUUCAUGGAAUGGACAAAUACUCAGCACAUUCAUCAAUAGCACUGUAGGCCUUAAAAGGGAAAUGAGGCAAUAUAUAAGCGACUUUUCGAGCAUUGGCCCUUCUUCAUAGUACAAAUAUCAAUGAAGGCCCAUUUCCCGAAACGUCGCCUAUUAUUUUUGUUUCCUUUUAAGGCCACAUUGUUUUGACAAACGUGUUGAGCUGUAUUUACUUUCACCGCUGCCAACACGCAGUAGCAGCACCACCAAACCACUUGGCAUUUGAACUAGAAUUGGCGGACCGUUGUGGAGUUCAGUUUGUAACCCCUCGAAUACAUGUACCGUGUUCUCCUAAUUAAUAGGACGCAAUGGUUUUUCGUUUAAAUGAUGGUCCUGUAUAGGAAAGCAAAGCGUUAGAGAGUGCGUCUUAUAAUCCGCGUCUGCCUCGUUAUGCGUGGUGCCUUACGAUUGGCAAAGCAACAACAAAACGAACGCGUAUGACGAAUGCGUUCGCCCUUCGAACGAACCCUCGUCGAGUCGUCAUUUGCUGCAGACAAUCUUGGGAGUGCGUGACUCCCAGCGGGUGUUUGCAUGCCAAACGCGCGGUUUUGCAGGUUAAUUGGACAAUCUCUCCGCUCUCUGCUUGUUCAAGCUCCUCUCUCUGCGUCUCUGUCCGCCGUGCCCAGCGAAUUCACGGCGUAUUUCAUUAACCAUUGCUGCUCACGGAAAUGUUUAGUUAGAGGCACAGUUUUGGCCGAUCCGCUGCUGGGUAAAUGGCUCCCCAUGCGGCAUCAGUCUCUGGGUUAUUGGCCACAUCACCGCUCGAGUGCCGUGCCGGCCUUCAUAGGUCGCCAACAACACUUGCCCUCAACAGUUUCUUGAAAGAAUACGGGGGAUUUUUUUCGUAUUUUAAUUUCACGGAUAUUGGGCCACGUCACUCCAUCACGAUGUGCUGGCCUUCAUAUGCGCACUCUCCUCUGUCUGUUAAAGGCUACAUGGCUACAUGGUUGCAUUGCGUCUAUGUCCAACGUGAAUGACUGUGGUGUGUUCCUAUUUAUACGUCACGUGAUACUUACACAUACAGACACACACCACAGAAGGUGUCAUCUCCCUGUGUUCCACUCAUCAGAGUCCGCUCUCCCAAGUCACAUGGGACCAUUCAUCAGGCUUGUGCGGCGUCUUGUGCGGCGUGUAUAGACUACAUUAUGCAUGUGAACGCAGAUGACUGAUAGAUGUGUCAAUGCUUUUAGGGGUGGCUGUGGGGACACGAGGGUCGCAGUUUGUGAGCCUCUAUUAUCAGGCGUGGCUCUGCACGUGUCCCUAUACAUGUCAACUACGCAAGCAGCACGUGACUAAAAGUGCCAUGCACUCAUUAAUUUGGGAAAUUGCCUCGACUACUGUGAGGACUAUCGCAUGCCAGUAUAGUUAAGACGCGUGUUCUUUUGUGCAACACUAACCUAGACCAUCAGCACGUUUAAACAGAAUUAAAUAUCGGACAUUUGGAUGAUUGGACCAUUUCAGGUAUGAUUAUUUAUCCGACUGCGCAUUGAGCUCACGGCUCAAACACGUCUCAUACGUGACACUCAGGGUGGCGAAUGCUAACAAUGAUUUUCUCGAAGCAUUGUAUCUUUGGAUCGCAGCAUCUGCAUGACAGCAAGAUUACCGCGGGUGGCGUUUGGCGAGCAGGACAAUAUAAUUGCAAUGGGUGACGUAGUAUGCUUGACAGAGAGAUAUACUCACGUUGAAAGAAAGCAAAACGCGCGCAAGUUUAUAAGAAACAACUUACGGAAUACGAAAAUGAAAGAAGAAGCCUGUCUAUAAACAGACGGCGUGUGUACGCUAAGUUUUACGCCCACUCUGGACACUGUCCAAGUUGGACACUGGUAGCAUUUGCCACCCCCCACCCCCAGCUCACUCUCGGUUCGUGGUCUAUUACCAGGCCUGUGUGCGUGAGUCACGCCAGCUCGCUGUUUUACCAUGGGACUGGGUGACAACAUCGGUAGCUCGCCCAGCGCUCAAUCGAACGCGCGCAUUUGCGUUGCCCGAUUUCUCACCAACUCACCAGGGGAAGAAUGCUUGUUCUUCUUCUGCGUUGAGAAACUCCCCGUGUUUAACGUUAAAAAAGAGAAUACGUUAAAAGUUUAACCGCCGUAAAUGCUCUUCACCGAGGAUGCUGCGGUGCUGCUGCGGCUGAUGUGUGCGCCCCUAACCCUGAGCCACUUUACAACGGGUGUGGAAGCUCGACUCCGGCUUGCCGCUGGUAAUCUACUAAAGCGCCUCGAGGCGCACGCUACCACGUGUCGAAUCGCGUGUGUGUGAAUCCACGAUGGGGGGGGGGGUUUCUCCAUUUUAUUCCGCGCAUUGCAUUUAAAGGGUGCACACCGACCUUGCAGCCACGUGUGGCCACCACAUUCACCGUGAGCGUUCUUGUUUUAAAGAAUCAAAUCUGUCGAGGCAUAUCGCGGCCCCCUGAAACGUCGCAACGUCUCGCGUCGUCGCGGACGGGAGCGUCACUCGUUACAGGCAGUGCUGCUUGUGCCAUGCAUCGAGUUGGUCACCCAUGGGGUCCAGCGUCGCUUGGUUGUGGGUUAAUAUUAAGGAGGGUCAACACGAAGUCGUUGGUUAGGAUCCGUGGGAGGGUUAAUACGAGUGACUGGAUGGCUAGUUGGUUAGGAUCAGUGCGUGGAUGAGUACUAAUGGCUGUUUGUUUGGAGUUAUGGUGAACAGGAGGGCCAUUCCUUGUCGCUAGAAUUUGGUUGGAUGAUCUGCACUGCUCCCAAACCGCUUCCUUCUCACCAUUUACACUUAGCACCUUUUCAGUUUCCGAUCCGAUGUCGUUUCCGAGUUCUUAAAAUAGCGCCACGUGCACGUGGUGCGUGUUGUAUGUGGGGUGCGUGUGGGGUGCGUGUGGCGCGUGAGGUCAUGUGGGGUGUGGGAUUGUGUGGUGCAUGGGGUCG